AUGCCAAUCUCAGCUCUGCCUCAAUCGACUGUCCGCCUUCUUGGCUCCUCAGUCGUCAUCAGCAAGCCUUGUGACGUGGUCAAGGAGCUUCUGGACAAUGCCAUCGACGCGGGAGCUAGCUUUGUUGAAAUUGCAAUCUCGCCCAAUUAUCUCGAUACGAUACGAGUCCGUGACGACGGCCAAGGAAUCGACAUUGAAGAUUUUGAUGCUCUUGGUAAACGUACUCAUACCAGCAAGUUGAGAGCUUUCGAUGAGCUUGGAUCGAGGGCCAGAGAGACGCUGGGCUUUCGUGGUGAGGCGCUUGCGGCCAUGAAUUCUCUCGCUACCAUCACUGUUACAACCCGAACGGUCAAGGAUGUUGUAGCGACACGAUUGCAGCUCAAGCCAAAAGCUGGAGGUGUUGACAACAGACAACCAGUAUCGGCUCCUGUUGGUACAACCGUUCAGAUCACCAAGCUUUUCGACACACUGCCCGUUAGAAAACAAUAUUCUUUGAAAAUUAGCGCCAAAUACAUACAAUCUACAAAAGAUCUCUUGAAGGCCUGCGCCCUAGCCCGACCGGACCUUAGACUGUCAUUCAAGGUUCUUGGAGAAGCUACCCACUGCUGGUCAUACGCCCCUGUUUGUGCCGCAGGAGUCAAAGAGGCGGCUCUGCAGAUAUUUGGAACUACUUUGGCGAAUAAUUGCGUCUAUGUGUCUCGCAACUCAGCGUGUGAUCAGGCGACACCUCCCCAACUCCAUCAGCAGCUCCCCGAAGAUUUCAUAUUGGAAGCUCUCAUCCCAAAGCCCGGUUUUGAAGUCCAAGCUGUCAAGGGAAAAGGGUUUUAUUUAUCCAUCGAUUCAAGGCCCAUCUCAUCUCAGGACGCCAUGGCUAAAAAGCUCAUAGCCAUUUAUAAGCCAUAUCUGAACCGGGCUGCUGGCACAGGAGAGUCUUGUGCUAGCAUACCCAACCCUUUCGUGCAGCUAAAUAUUCGGUGCCCCCCUAACAGCUACGAUGUAAAUGUGACACCGCUUAAGGAUGAAGUUGUGUUUGGAAACGAAGGGGCCAUCACGGCCUGUUUUGAGGGACUUUGCCAAAAGAUAUAC